ACGAAAGUGGUAAGUUAACAGCAACACGGGUAUAGAGUCAUGCAUAUAUGUAAGUAUAUAUUUAAAAUAUGUACUUAUGUAUUUUUUUAGUAAACAAUUCAAUUAUUGAGAGGCGACAAUAUGCUGUUGGAGGAGCAAAGGUCCAACAAGACACGGAUGUUCUAGAAGCCCUCAGGGAGAUACGGGACAGGCUGCAAAAGAUUGAGGAAAACCAAUUCACCCUCCUACAAAAUCAAAGGACGCUCAGCGAAGGGCAAUCGUCAAUGGUACACAACCAAACUCUUAUCUGCGACAAGAUAAUUGCAAUGGACCUCAAAAUUGUUGAAAAGAGUGAAAUGCUUGCACAAAAUAAGGCAAUAAGCGAGUGCAAGGUCAUGCUCAAAAAGGCGACGGAAUCGGUGUUCCGCAUGACUGGUGAGACCCAUGACAAAGAGCUGGACGACAUCGCGAGCACGUUGCCGCUGCAGUCUUAG